AAAGGAAAAAAUAAUAAAGAAUAAACAAAAUAAAACAUAAGGGAGGUUUAACAAAAAAGGCCUUCUGUAACCUAAAACUUUAGAGAUUUAGGACUAGAAAGAUAAAACAGAAGUCGGCAAUGGUUUCUUUGUCCACUUGGUGUAGAUACAUCGUUCACAAGCUCGAUUACUCAUUCUCUCUUAGCUGGAAGAGCUAUAAGAAAGGGCAGAUUAGUGACCGGGAACUCAAGGAUGCAAUUUGGAAAAAUCUGUUCCAGGGCAAAUUAACAUACUUGCACUGGAAUAAAGGAGAGCCGAUGGCCCCAACUAUUGGUGAACAGGGAAGUACUCUUCUUGUUCGGAAGAUUCCUGCUGCGGUUCCAACUCGAGUUUUUGUUGGAGACGUCGUUGUCUUGAAGGACCCUGACAAUUCAGAUAACUAUCUGGUCAGAAGACUAGCUGCUACUGAAGGAUAUGAAAUGGUGUCUAAGGACGAAAAAGAUGAGCCAUUUGUUCUUGAAAAGGACCAGUGCUGGGUAUUGGCUGACAAUGAAAAAUUGAAGCCCAAGGAAGCUAAGGACAGUCGGUUAUUUGGUCCAGUUACCAUGAGCGACAUAGUAGGCCGAGUCAUAUAUUGUCUGCGAACAGCUGUUGAUCAUGGUCCUGUUCAGAACAGUCAUUCCAGCAUGCGAAGGGACUCUCCAGUGUUGGAAGUAGAGCUCGAUGUGGAUGAGAUGGUGAAAAACCACAAAGCCUAAACAGUCCUGACCCCUUUACAGUGUAGCUAUUGUCUUUAUUCCCCUUUUUACUCCUUGGGAUCUUUUUAGUUUAACAUGAAAGUGAAGGAGAGAAAAAUAAAAGACAAUGGUAUUUGAGUUCAUGUGUUAUUCGGGAUUGCUAUUUGUCCUUAAAGAGGGACGGAAAUGGUUAAAUUUCUUCAUAUUUUUCCAGCUGAAGAACUCGAAAGGUGGACUGUGUUGAAUUUUGAGUUUCAAUUACAUUAAACAAUUGAUUUUGAAGGAUCUGUAGUUUCUAUUUUGAACUUUGAAUAGCUUAGCUGAACUCUUGGGAAAAGAAAAGACAGUUAGGACUUACGAGCAUCAGUAUAUUUGGUUGGUCCCUGUUGAGUCUUCCUGCUCUUCAUUUGUUCUAAUUCUAAGGUUCCAGCGCCAGCCCUCUUUACUCUUUAGAUUGCUGGAUAGCCUUGGGAGGAAAAAUAAAGGUUCAAAGGGAAUAAAAAGUCUUUGAAUUAUUAUUA